ACACUGGCGAACUAUUACUUGCUUCACUGAGGGCGCUCUCUGCAAAACCCUAGCAAGAAUGCUUCUCCAACCUUCUCUUCACCACCACACCAAGGUGUCUCUCUCAUCAACCCAAGCAUACUCUAUAAUUCCCCGUUUUAAUCGUCCCAAAACACUGAGUUUCCGUAAAUCCCAGGUCACAGUGACAUGCUCAAUUUCACAAAUCCAUAGCUAUGGCACUAUGGACUAUGAGAGGAGACCCGCGAUCAAAUGGAACGCUGUGUACAAAAGAAUCUCUCUCAUGGAGAAACCUGAACUGGGUGCUGCUAGUGUGUUGAACCAGUGGGAGAAAGAAGGCCAGAUGCUCUCCAAAUGGGAGCUUUGCAGGGUGGUCAAGGAGUUGAGGAAGUACAAACGCCACGAACAUGCUCUUGAGGUGUACGAGUGGAUGAACAACAGAGGUGAGAGAUUUAGAUUCUCUAGCAGUGAUGCCGCAAUUCAGUUAGACCUGAUUGCCAAAGUGCAUGGAGUUUCUAGUGCAGAAGAUUUUUUCACUAGGCUUCAUGAUUCUUUGAAGGAUAAGAGGAUAUAUGGGGCUCUUCUGAAUGCAUACGUACGGGCUACUAUCCGAGAGAAGGCAGAAUCUUUAUUUGAUGACAUGAGAAGUAAAGGUUAUGCCACCCACCAUCUUCCAUUCAAUGUGAUGAUGACUCUGUAUAUGAACCUGAAGGAGCAUGAUAAAGUUGAAUCCAUAGUUUCAGAGAUGAUGCAGAAAAACAUACAAUUGGACACAUAUUCUUAUAAUAUCUGGUUAUCAUCUUGUGGAUCACAAGGAUCUGCGGAAAGAAUGGAACAUGUAUUUGAGCAGAUGAAACAGGACAGGACCAUUAAUCCCAACUGGACAACAUUCAGCACAAUGGCUACCGUGUAUAUUAAGCUGGGACAGCUUGACAAAGCUCUGGAUUGCUUAAAGAAGGUUGAAAGUAGAAUCACAGGUCGAGAUAGGAUACCUUAUCACUACCUCUUAAGUUUAUAUGGUAGUGUUGGCAACAAAGAUGAGAUUUAUCGGGUGUGGAAUAUUUAUAAAACAAUUUUUCUUAGUGUUCCAAAUAUGGGAUAUCAUGGAAUGAUUUCUUCUCUCAUCAGGGUUGGGGAUGCUGAGGGAGCAGAAAAGAUUUAUGAGGAGUGGCUGGCCGUGAAGUCAGCUUUCGACCCUAGAAUCGCAAAUCUACUAAUGAGUUGGCACGUGAAAGAUGGAAAUCUGGAUAGAGCUGAGAGUAUUUUCAAUGAAAUGCUUGAAAUGGGAGGAAAGCCAAACUCCAUUACAUGGGAAAUACUUGCUGAAGGUCAUACUGGAGAGAGAAGAAUUUCUGAGGCUUUGUCUUGCUGGAAGGAAGCCUAUGCAGCUGUAGGAUCAAACAAAUGGAAGGCAAAGCCUGCCAGCAUUGCUGCCUUCUUCAAGCUCUGCGAGGAUGAAGCUGACAUGGAAAGUAAGGAGGCCUUGGUUGAAUUGAUGAGGCAAUCACAUGUUGGUUCGUUUGAUGGAGCUCUCAUUGGCAAUAAAGUAUCUAUAGUGAACGGCGAAACUGAUAAUGACAAUGAUGAAAUUGAGAAUGAGGAGGUGCUUCUCAAUCAGGGGCAGGGUAGUAUUUGAAAGCUUGUGGUUCUGUCUUUGCAUUGGACAAUUUUGUCUGGACCCUAAGUGCAGAAAAACUUUCUGCCAAGUGGCUUUUCCUUAACCUUGAAAGUAUUAUGAGCUUUUGAUAGACCUGUUACUAAAAUAUCCAAGAAGAGGGACAGUAAGCAAAAAAAGGGACUCGUGGCUGAGAUGAAGAGGAACACUUGUUGUGUUACUAUUAUUGGUGCAAGCUAUUAUUCUAGUAUUUUCUGUAGCUUAGGGGUGGUAGCCAGAGUAGGGGAAUUAGGUUUUGAGAGUUUGGUGAAAUUGGGAGGUCCUAUGCUCCUUGAAAGCUAGGGUUGCACAUUUUCCUUUAAUUGUCUCUGUAAUUCUAGUUUCAUUUAGUAAUAUCAGUUUGAUUUUCUCAUUAUCGUCUGUGGGUUCCUAUCAGCUUUUAAUCACUGUUGUCUGCUAAUUGUUACGCAGAAAAUGGAGGUUCUCUGUGGUUGCUAUGCAUCACAUGCUUGCUAAUAUAAAAGGCAUUGCCUUGCAGGAGAAUACCCUUGGAACUGAUGCAACUGCUAGCUUUCUUAUUUUCUCCUGUAUGGGCUUGGUAUAAGUUUUCAUAAACUUUUGUCUAGUACUUUGAGCCACGAAAUUGCAAGCUUCAUGCAUUGUGAAAUGAUUCAUAUCAUGUUACAUUAUUACCAGAUCCUGGAUUGAUUUGUAUUCUCCUAGGUUGAAAAUUCUCUUUUCAACUCCUCUGUUUCUACCCUUCCAUUUUUUGCUUGAGCGUAAAAUUUGAGAAUUAUUUUAAAAGCCGCAGGGGAUUGUUUAAAUACUAGGGCAAGAAUCAGUAAUUCUUAAUUUAUUCUUCUCAAUAAUUGUCAAUAUUGAUGGCAAUCUUUCACUGCUCUAAAUAGAGGUAUGAUGUUGCAGAUGCAUUGUCGCCUUUCGCUUCGUUUUUCUCUCAAGUCACUUGUUCGUUCAGCUAGCGCCUCCAAAGGAUUUGUAGUCAUAACUGUCUUUCUUUGGCAGAUUUGUAUACAGGAGAAUCUUCUAUGAAGGCAUCUACUUACUUUGGUGACAUGAAUCUCAAUGGGUAAUAGCCCUUUUUUAAAAUUAUCUUCAGGACCGAUGAAGGCUAUGUUGCUGAACUGUUUACAGCUACUUGACAGACAAAGCAGUCGGUGACAACAUCAGCUUGACAGAAGAUCAAGAAAAUAUCACCAGGUAGCCAAGAACAUGUGCUCCACAACCCAACAAAUCCAAAAGGCUUUGAUGGCCAUAUCUCUUCUGUCACAGCUUGAUUGGUAAAAAAACCCUAGAUUCUUGUCCAAUUAUUGUGUUGUACUAUUCAUUUUUGUUUAUUGCUGAAGAAAUUAAGUACUGUACUGUAAAGUGUCAAUAUUUUGAAGAUACAGGAACACCCACUUGCAUGCAUUGAAGAGAAAAGAACAAGUUUGAUGGAGAUUGUUCACAUGGGACAUCACAUGGGUUGGAGAAGACACUUGAAACAGACGGGCUUUAGAGUUUGAGAGUUCUUUAAGACACUAUUGACCCCUAAGAAAUGCAUGCUUUGCUCUUCUUUCACUCCAGUGAGUAAACAUGCCUCCAGCUUGGCAGAUUACUAUUUUUCAAAGAUUCCCAGCUCGGAUUUGAAUUUGGAUACUACCAAGUCGAGUAUAUCUAGUUAACCUUGGCUAAGAAACUUGAGGACACCUAAGAAGUAUUGCUGUACAAGUAAUUCUUCUGUUCCCUACAAAUUGGUUAUAUGAGUGCUUUUUUACUUUGUGUGUAAUUUUACUUGCAUAACUAGAAAUGCUGUUUUUCUGGUUUGAACUUGUAAAA